GAGCCUUUGGGCUUCCGUAGCCGGCGAGGUCUGAGUCUGGGGAUUGCCCUUUGGUGGUGUUUUUCGAUGGAUCGGACGCCGUGAACCAGGGCUGUGGGGACAGCAGGACGAUCCGCGGGUCUGCACGCCGGCUGCACCAUGGUCCAGCUUAGUGCCCUGCUGCGCAAGGCCUACCGUGGCGGCCACCUCACCAUCCGCCUCGCCCUGGGCGGCUGCACCAACCGGCCCUUCUACCGCAUUGUGGCUGCCCACAACAAGUGCCCCAGGGACGGCCGCUUCGUGGAGCAGCUGGGCUCCUACGACCCGCUGCCCAACUGUCACGGGGAAAAGCUCGUUGCUCUGAACCUGGAGAGGAUCCGGCACUGGAUCGGCUGCGGGGCCCACCUCUCCAAGCCUAUGGAGAAGCUUCUGGGUCUGUCUGGCUUUUUCCCCCUGCAUCCUAUGAUGAUCACAAAUGCUGAGAGACUUCGAAGAAAACGGGCGCGUGCAAUCCUCUUAGCUUCUCAGAAAACAAACACAGAGGCUACAGAAACGGAAGGGAGCUGACUUCAGUGAAUGUGGCAGUGGUUACAAGGUCAAGAUCUUCUAUACGCAGAGCUCUUAAUUUUGUUAGGUUUGAAGAACAAUAAAUGGAGUUUUCUGAGUCACCCAUGCUCUUCAGGCCUGGCCUGAGUGGGAUCCAGAGAGAAAUUUGUUCUUGUCCCAGCAUAAGAGCUGGGGCUACAUACUAAUUAGCUUAUUUGGUCUUUGUCUUGGGAAAAACAGUGGCUGGGGGAAGAUUGGAUGACUUGGACAACAUUACAGUCUGCUGUCUUCUGAGA